AUGUUGUGCAUCGCGGUCGUCUGUUUCGCUUUGGCGUCAAGUGUUUCUGCAGCGUUCACUGACAUGAACUGCACCAACGGCGACGCCACAGCAACAGCGUUCAUUGCAUCUGCAACCGCAUGCGAUGACAAGUACGCAGCAACAACGUGUGCAACACUUUUCGGUACUGCCGUUGUAGCAGGAUCGACAACGGACAGAGACGCGAAAUGUCUAACGGACGAAGAUGUGAAGGCGUUAGCCAUUGCCAACCCACGAGUGAAGUGUUCGACCGUAACACCUGCUCAGUGCAGAGAUCCCACGUGGAGACCGAUCCUUGCCCAAGACUGCCCAAAUGUCUGCGGAUUGUGUCUUGACGGAGGAUGCGUCGAUACAGUAAUCGAAUGUAAAAAUGACCCUUCUAUCUGCAGACAAGUCGACAUGCAAUCUUUCGUCAAGGUGAAACUUCGAUUCCUUUUAUCUUACAAUCAUCUACAAUUUGAAAGUGAACAUGUGAUCGCGGAAAUUGUCUACGGUAUUAUUCUUCAGACGAACUGCAUGAGGACCUGUGGAUAUUGUCCCGCAGCGGUCACGACAGCUGCAGCUGUAGUUGCAGUCACUACAGCUGCCAGUGCAUCCAGCACGUGCUCUGACUCAAGUUCGAGUUGUGCCACAUGGGUGGCGAACGGAUUCUGUGCCAACGCAUUCUACACAACUGCCCAGAAGAGGUCUUACUGUGGCAGGUCAUGCGGUCUCUGCUAA